AUGGAACCAAUUUGGUCCUCAAGUCGUGGUGAUGGAGCAACAUUGUUGGGGGAGACCAGCUGCCCUCUGAAAGUCACCGAGGACAUCUGGUUUGGAUGCUGUUCCUGCACCUAUGUCACCAGAGAUCAGCGUGGAAUUGUGAGCCACCUGGCUGCCCAUGGUGAUGAACAAUCCAAGUGCGAGCAUCCACCCAAGUAUUACUCUAAGGCCCAAAUGCUCGACAACAGUCAAAAGCACUACAGUGAAAAGCCAUUUAAGUGCAAGCUUUGCCCCCAAGAGUUUGCUUAUAAUUCCCUUCUGACCUGUCAUAAUCGAACACACACUGGUGAAAAGCCAUUUAAAUGCACGCAGUGUCCCCAAGCCUUUGCUCGAAAUUCUGAUCUACGAAGCCAUAAUCAUUUGCACACUGGUAAAAAGCCAUUUAAGUGCAAGCAGUGCCCCCGAGCCUUUGCUCGAAAUUCCGAUCUACAAAUCCAUAAUCUUUUGCACACUGGUGAAAAGCCAUUUAAGUGCAAGCAGUGCCCCCUAGCCUUUGCUCAAAAUUCCAAUCUACGAAGCCAUAAUCGAACGCACACUGGUGAAAAGCCAUUUAAGUGCAAGGAGUGCCCCCGAGCCUUUGCUCGAAAUUUCGAUCUACGAAGCCAUAAUCAUUUGCACACUGGUGAAAAGCCAUUUAAGUGCAAGCAGUGCCACCAAGCAUUUUCUCAUAAUUCCAGUCUGAUCCGCCAUUAUCGAAAACGGUGUAUAAGGAAAAACGAGGGCCUUUAACUUUUUUAUUUUUCAUGUAUCGUGCUGAAAUUUAGUAUACUGGUGUCAUUCUCAGUGGUGAUUUCAAAUAUGUAAUUAGUUUUCGAUAGCUUUACUAGAUCCUGUGUUUUCAAUAAAUUUGUUACUUUUUAUUACCGUAAUAUCCCGACUCAACGACCACACCCUUGCCACUUGAAAUUCGUGAAAAAAGUCGGGUGGACAAUGAAAUGGUGUCUAAACGGAAAAAGUAAAAAAAUUCCCCAGAAAAUAGCCAUUUUUCUGCAGAUAUCUAGCACACAAAAUCCAGUCCGCUGCCUGCAUACUCGCAACGAAGAGUGUGAACAUGUUUUGUACUACUG